GGAUGAACACGCAAGUUGCGUGUUCACUUCCGGGUUGAUGGUUCAUAAUCUGUGGGCGUGGACUAUGUACAUGUACAACGUGCAUUCGUGCUUCUCGCGCAAUGUUGUGAUAAACUGCGCUGGGACUGUAGCAGCCUUCAUGUACUGAUCAUGCACCUGAGCUGUGAAUGUUAUCCCUUCCAAGCCUUUUUACCAUGACUAUCUAGUUAUUGCUUGUGAUACUGCCUUGACUGCCGCUUCCGAACUGUGGCGACCAGGAACCUGUUUUUCACAUUUCAAAUAUCAACAAUGUCAACACGGUAGCAAGAGUGAUGUUAAAAGCAUGGUUAGAGUUCCUACAGUAGUUGUGUGUGAAGAUCUGCUAAGUGCUGCAGUGGAAUGGGCGAUGAAGAGAGGCUGAAGAUUGUGUUGGUUGGGGAUGACAAAGUGGGCAAAACCGGCUUCUUUCUCUCGUACUUCGAAGACACCUUCUCCAGUACCCCCCGAAAGUAUGCCGACUACAGGGAAGAUGCGAUGGUCAUUGAUGGGAAAACUUUCCUUGUUCAUGCUGUGGAAACAUCUAUUAUGGGAGAAGAUUACUAUCGUCUUCGACCUUUACUUGAGUAUCCGGGAACUGACGUCUUUCUGAUAUGUUUUUCGGUGGAGCGCCAGUCUUCCUUUGAACACCUUGAAUCAAGAUGGCUGCCAGAGAUCCGUCACCACAUGCCCACAACUCCCAUCAUUCUUGUGGCCACAAAGAUAGAUCUUCGCGGGAGUCCUCUGCACAGGUGUGUCACUUUUGACGAAGGCUUGAAAAUGGCUCAGAAACAUAACUUGCCAUACAUUGAGACAAGUGCACUCCUUCAUGCCAGCAGGGUAAAGUGCCAAGGACAAGCUGCAGCUGCUUGCAGUGGAUUGCCUACUCUGGAAGUAGAUGUUUUCCACCUUUAUUUCUCCGUUCAGAGCAGGACUUCCCUGGUGAAUGUUGAAACGAGAUGGGUUCCAGAGAUCCGCCAUGCCAUGCCUGACAUUCCAAUCCUCCUGGUUGCAACAAACAUAGGCAAGUGCACAGGGGACAUUCAAGACUGGUAG